AUGGAUUCAUCAUUGACAUUAACUUUGGCUAAUAUUUUUAUGUCAGAAUGGCAAAAAAAACUUGUCGAAGAACAAACAAAGACGGGUGAAUUUUAUGGAAGUCUUCCAUUUCUUGAUGUACAACUUACAAAUAACAAUGGCAUACUAUCAACAUGUGUCUAUCAUAAACCUUCAGCUGAACCAUAUGUUACACCAUUUACAUCUGAUCAUCCUCGACAUGUUUUUUCGAAUAUAAUCAAAUCUUCUAUUGAACGUGCAACAAGAUAUUCAUCGAUAUUUGAAGCAUUCAAUUAUGAACGACGUUACAUUAAAUUGAUGUUACUAUACAAUGAAUAUCCAUCAACAUUUAUUGAAAAUGAGUUUCACAAAUAUUUUUCGCAAUAUAUAUCAAAAUCACCAUUUCUACCAUUAAUUGAUGACGAACAAAAAUAUUUUCUUAUGCGAAAACAAAUAUUAGGUCAACCAACACCUCGGCAAACACAAGUGGUACUGAGUGCAGCAUUGGCUGACAUUGACAACGAUCCACUAGAUGAUGAUGAGAGACAACAACCAAACCCUGCCCCAAAAAAAUCUGAAGAAAAAGAUUCCAACAUCAAUAAGAAAUUCUUCACUCAUUAUACAUAUGAAAAACGUUUCAAAACAUGCAAACGAGAUAUGCAUCAAGUAUACCACGAUACAUUUAAAGAUACACCAGCAAUGUACACAAAAUUAAUCGUAGGCAACCGCAUCCGUCGUCAAGCACACAAUGAGCUAAUACGCAAACGACCAAACCAAGCAUUGUUACAAAAUAAAAAAAUACCCAAAAGAAAAUUCGAAAAGCCAAAAACAACUCGACAACAAACUACAACUAUCAUCAAGCCUCCAUAG